AUGAGCCGCCCGCCAUUAGUAUUGGCCGAAGGGGAAUGGUACUCAGAGUACCAGGAAGGCCCUGGAGAACCACUCCAUCUUCUUUUCUGGAGACGGUCUGUGCCCGUCCAGGAGGAAAUAAUUUGUUUUAACAUGGAAGCAAAUCAUGUUAUCAAGUUUUCCCAUGUCGUAAAUUAUUUUGCAAAUGAUCGAAAACAGUUGGAAAGGGGCGAAAAUUCGUAUUCAAGUGGCCAUGUCAAGAAUAUGCAGUUUGAUGCUGACAUGAUCCCAGCUCAUUUGCAAGGUGACGUACAGGCUAGCAUGAAGAAACGAGUAUAUAAAGUUGAGGUAGAGAUUAAGUAA